UCAGCUGCACUCUUGCUGAAACAACCACCUCAGUUUUUUAGUUUGACCAAGCGGUUUAUUCUGGUUUUGGACUUCAGCUGCAAUAUAUGACAAUACAGCUCUGUGUUGACCGCAAGGGAUUGUUCCAACAUCAUGGCCACCAAAGAGAUGUUCAAAAGACCUGGCGAUCCCCAUGACAUCUCCUUUUACAUCAAUGGAACCAAGCAUGAGGUGUCGGACAAGUUCCCUCCUACGACGAGCCUCAACGACUACAUCCGUGACGUGGCGGGUCUCAAAGGCACCAAGGUAAUGUGUAAGGAGGCGGGCUGUGGCUGCUGUGCUGUGGCUGUCACUCAUGCCUUUGCCGGGGACAAGAUGGAGACCAUGAGCAUCAACUCGUGCCUGUGCCCUCUGUACAGUAUCGACGGCUGGCAAAUCAGCACUGUCGAAGGCAUUGGAAGUCAGAGGGACGGAUUCCAUCCGAUCCAGGAGCGAAUCGCAGAGUAUAACGGCACCCAGUGCGGCUACUGCACCCCAGGCUUCGUCAUGGGCAUGUACGGUCUGCUCCACAAAGACUCUAAACCUACACAACAAGAGAUCGAGGACUCCCUGGACAGUCACGUGUGCAGAUGUACAGGAUACAGGGCAAUCCUUGAUGCCAUGAAGUCUUUUGGGUCGGAUGCUACCUCUCCCGGGGCGAAAUGCAUCGACAUUGAGGACCUGAAUAUGAAACUAUGCCCGAAAACUGGAGACGUGUGUAAAAGGGAAGGAGGGACAGGUUGCGCUAGCUCUAGCAAGGCCGACACCCAUCUGAAAGGACACGCACCCACCCCGCUGACCAUUGACCUAAGGGGAAGUAAAUGGUACAGGCCACUUUGUCUAGCAGAUCUGGGUUGGAUUCUGCGGCAACACGAAGCACAGUCAACACGGAUGGUGUUUGGCAACACUGGGGCAGGGAUUUACAAGCAUGAAGGUCCAUUUGAAAUCUACAUUGACUUGCGAGCGGUGAAAGAGUUGCACAAAGUUGAGGAAAGCGAUACGUCCAUUCUGUUUGGAGCGGGCACUACAAUCACUAAGUUCAAGGACUACCUACAGACAGUGCAGCAGAAACCUGGGUUCCACUACAGCUCCAGGGUGGUCCGACAUCUAAAAGUGGUGGCUAAUGUACUAGUGCGGAAUGCGGGAUCUAUGGCGGGGAACCUCAUGAUCAAACACAAGCACCCGGACUUCCCAUCAGACCUGUUUACUAUACUCACAGCUAUUGAUGCGCAAGUUGACAUCUUUGACUCCCAGUCAUCCCAGACAACUCGGCAUUCUAUGAUGGAGUUCUUGAAGGAGAUCAACAUGGAUGGGAAGGUGUUGGUGGCGGUGGAGAUCCCUGCUUUGGGAGAGAAAGAUCAUUACAGGUCGUUCAAGAUCACACCCCGGUGGCAGAACGCGCAUGCUUACGUCAAUGCUGCCUUCAAAAUAACGGUGGACGGGAGAAGAGUAGUCGGGAAGCCAAACUGUGUGUUUGGUGGCCUGAAUUCAGAGACGGUCAACGUCACCGCAGCUGAAGACUUUCUCAAGGACAAGGAACUCAACAAUGCUGUUAUUACACAGACUCUGAAGAUUCUGUAUAGUGAAAUUGAUCCAAGCUGUGAUCCCAUCCUUUCGUCUCCCAACUACAGAAAAAAUCUUGCAGUCAACCUAUUAUACAAGGCACUCCUGGAGAUCUACAAGCCUUCGAAGCUCUCGCUGCAGAGUGGCGCAGACAGCAUGGAGAGACCCCUAUCGGUUGGCCUGCAGACAUUCCAAGAGAAACCUGAGGACUUCCCCUUGAAGAAACCUACUCCGAAAGUCACGGCUCCGUUACAGGCAUCUGGCGAGGCUGUGUAUAUCAAUGACAUUCCCACCUACCAGAAGGAGCUCCACGCAGCUUUUGUCAUCUCGGACGUCGGACCGGCCAAGAUAGCCAAAGUGGACGCCUCAGCAGCUCUGAAUAUUCCUGGAGUGGUGAACUUUCUGGGAGCUGCUGACAUCCCAAGAGAAGGCGUCAACAAUAGCGUUCCUGCUAACCCUUUGCUUCAGUGGACUGAGGAACUGUUUGCCUCUGAGGUUGUCGAGUACGCCGGUCAGGGUAUCGGAAUCAUUCUUGCAG